AAGCUCCUGCGUUAUCCAUGAAGAAUGCAUUGGUGGAUGGAGACUUAUUCCAGGCCAAAUGUACUGUCUGGCAUUCCUGCCCAUCCUCUCCUCCAWCCCUUCACUGGAGCCGUUUGCCUGUAAAUUCUACAGCAGUGACUUCCAUGGAGGAAAAMGGAGGGCUGUGGGUGUCUACUGAGACAAUACAAGGAAGAGGAACGUGCCAACUGCACAAAAAAGAGAUGAAAUGCACAGCUCAAUUCGCUACAGUCCAAACUGAGAGUCAACCAGUCAUUCUUAACAUCUCAUAUGCCCCUGUUGGUGUGAAGGUGAUGGUGGAUGAACAGCCAGUCAGUGAAGGUCAUYGUGUCAACCUGGAGUGUGUUGRUGACAGCAACCCCCAGCCAGGCAGGUAUGUGUGGAUCAGACGACAGGGAGGCCAAAGCAUCCAAAUGAAUUCAACUCAGGGCAAAAUGUCCUAUCCCAACAUUAGCAGAGACACCUCAUUCUCCUGCAUUGUCCAAAAUAAUAUUGGAUCAAAUCAGUCAGCCUGGCUGUUUCUGGAUGUCAACUUCCCCCCAGCAAUCCUCUCUGACUCCACUUGCUCCUUGAAGGGUGGGAUUCUGCGCUGUGUGUGUAGAGCAGAAGCCCGACCUAAUGCCACUCUGCACUGGAUGAUCAANCAGCUGGACAGUGUAAGUAAGCAUUCAGUACAGAAUUUCAGGUGGUUUAUCUUCUGA